CCCGUCUCUAACUGGUACAAAAUUCAGAUAUUUUCUUUCCUAAAAAAAAAACUAUUCAACCAACGUCAAUGGCGUCGCCGCCGCCGUGGUCCGACGACCUCCUAGGUCUCCUCGUCGCCGUCCUCGACGCGGUGUGCUCUUCCAGCUGGCGCUCCGUUGCUUCUCAGCCGCCUUCUUCGCCGUGGUCGGAACUCCCAGACGAGAUCCUAAAUCUGGUGAUGGCCGGCCUCCCUAACCUGGCAGACCGCGCUCGAUUCCAGUUGGUGUGUCGAUCCUGGCGCGCCUCGGCUCCCCCUCCGCCGCAAGUGCCGUGGAUGCGGACGGUGCUGCGUUCCUGGCAAGCGGUUUCCUGCCCCCCACCGCGGCAGCGGCCUUGGAAGUGGAUCGACUCCGCGUGCCGCCGUCCGUCCGCCCCCUCACGUCUGCCGCAGCGGCCUUGGAUCGUGCUGCCCGGCGGCUUCUACAACCACGACGGCAUCUACACUUACAUCAGAGAGUGCACAGGACACGGUAAAAUCUUGUUCGCCACUGGCAAGCAGGAGUGCACCCCGUUCAAGCGCUCCAACAUCAACAGCUCCUUCCCCGACAGCUUGCGAUGCGUUGGCUCCACCGACGGCUGGCUCGCCCUCGACUACGCUGAUGAUAAGAACAAAAUUCAUACCUACUUCUUGCACAAUCCUUUCUCUAAGGAAGUUGUGGCUCUCCCCGAGCUUGAUGCCAUCGUCGGUAAUAGUUCCGAGUUAUUUCAGAUCCGCAAGGUGCUCAUCCGAUCGACCCCUGGUGACCAGCUUGUCGUUAUCAUGACCAACAAUUGGAACUAUCCGAUCAUCUUAAUCCGACCGGGAAAGGGCGCGUGGUUACCGAGGCCACAAGCAACCCCCUUCAUCAACAUUAUUGACAUCGUGCUCUUACGAAACAGGCUCUACGGGAUCACCCAGGCAGAGGACCUCUUCUCCUUGAAUGUAAGCUUUAAUGCUGAUGGCAUACCCACAGUCACCAAUAUCAAGCACCACAUCAGAUCGGGCGAUGCUGAUUCCAGUGUGGAGAGCGACUUAGAUGAGGACCAACACCAUUAUUGUGAGAACGAAGAGGAUCGGCUUCAGGGCAACUUGUAUGAAUUGAGGACAAUUGGAGACAACAUGAUCAAUGAUGGCAUCCUGUGGGAUGAGAUGCCUUAUGCUCCCAAUGAUCACCUCGCCACAUUUUGGUACUUACUUGAGUCGUGUGGGAAGCUAAUCAUGGUGAAGCGUCAAUUGCAAUUUCCUAAAUGUUGUUAUGUCAAAUUCACUCGUAAGUUGGAGGGUUUUGAGGCAGAUUUCAGCGCACGCACAUGGUUGCCGGUGUCAGGUGGGCUAGGUGGCCAAGCACUUUUCAUCAGCAAACGCUUCAGCAAGUCUGUUUCUGCUUUUGGAGAGAGAGAGGAGGAUGCUAUUUAUUUUAUCGAUACAGGUGAGGUGUUCAACAUAAAAUCCAAAACUCAAAGCCGGCCAGUAGAAAGAAGCGUCGAUUCCCGUUGCUCAACAUGGAUCUUCCCUCCAAGCUAGCUGUAAGAGUACACUACUAGAUGCUGCAAAAGGAAUUAUUUAUCUUAACUAUUCCCUACAUACGGCUGCUUAUCCAUCACAUUUUUCAUCACUUUCAGUACACUCAAGUCUAAGAUGCCGUUAUGUUGAUUUUUCCACAUCCUAUGCAUGUUUGCAUAGGAUGAUCAUUGCAAUGCUCCUUAACACAUGUUUGCUCCGGGCGAUGAUCAUUGCAAUGCUCCUUAACACAUGUUUGCUCCGGGCGAUGUGCAUUCCUAUCCCCUUGCUUUUACUUUCACAUUGUUCACACGGCAGAUUCACCACCAAGAUAAAUAGUCUAAGGCAUGAUGAAACCACAGGUCGGCUUUCAUGAUCUCCUGUCACGUCAAAGCCUGCAAGAUCACGACACUAUUACAAACCAUGGACUUUUUGUGUUUCUGAAGAGGGCACCAUAGAGUGUUAUACCCAUUUGUCCUUGUCAUGGUCUUUGGAACGGGGACAUUAAUCUCCGUUCCUAAUCUUACUAGCAAGCCGAGGUGAUCAGAAUCAUGACAUCUGAUGUGCAGACCUUGUGUAAAAUAGGAACCUAUGCAGCAUCCAGUGGUUGAAGUCACCAAAUUUAUCAUGGGAAGGUGUAGCUUCUUACUGCAGGUUGGUAUAUGAAUGAUAUCAUUUUAACCCUCAUCUGCCUUUCCACUGGAUCUCCGAGGGUUGCUGCCGAGUACUUUGGUUACAUAGUUGUUAGUACCUCCCAAUCUACAAGGGCACUCAACUCUUACCUUACCAAUGGUGGUUUUCUGAAUAUACGCGGCAGGGGUUUGUUCUGUAUAUCCAGCCGGUGCUCUGAAUAUGUACAACACAUAAUCAGGCACAUCCACAACUUGUGGAGUCAUCAGAAGUAUGACCAGUCUCCAAAUGCCAUCUUGCAUAGUACGUAUAUUUUGGAAAGGAAGAAGCUACUCAUGUUGGACAAGAUGCAGCCAGCUCAGAGAGAGAGAAAGAGAUAAAUUUGGCUUCAUCGGGUUGCAUCUUUUCUUCCAACUUCCAUUUUGGUAACAGAAACAGAGUGCCUUACCUGCUGAAUUUAUUGUGUUUUUGCACUUCCUCGUGUUUGAUGGAGGAGGUGGUGACUGAAUUAUCCUUCAAAUGAAUGCCUACCUUUAUAUGUUGCUGAACAUAAUAUUGGAAGAUGUGUACAUGUAUGUCCUUGCCUACCAAAUGAAUGCCUGCCUUUAUAUGUUGCUGAACAUCCUCCCUCAUGUAAUUAGUGGUCUGUGUGAUAUGAUGCCAGAGUGGCCAUGGCUGCUCGUUUUGU